AAAUGUAUUCCUAGUCUUCCCACAUUAGUCACCUACUGCAGAUGUCCGUCCGUUGACAAGGUGGAAAAACUUAAAAGUUGUCUCGAUGAUGUUUGGUGAUGAUGCUCUUGAUGGUGAGGCAUGUGUCCAUCUGCCAAUGUGAAACACAUCAACAGAAAUGAGUAAAGAUUAUCCCUCCUUCGAAAUGGACCUGGCUUUUGGAUCCUCCAAGGCCUAUGGGUCCUCGAGAAGUAUUGUGAGGAGAAUAGCUUCUAGUCUACCUAUUAAACCCAGCCCCAGGGUUCAUUUUCAGCUUUAUCCAUACAAUGAGGAUGCCAGCAUCCUCUUUGGUGCCAGGAGGCAGAAUGGUUUGGUGGCCUCUCUGGCUGACGUCGCCUGGAUCGACAGGGAUGAGGAUGAUGACGAAGACUCCUUUGGGGUGCCCAGGGCAGCGAUCCCACCGGGACUCAUGUUCCGAGCCCACCAGCCUCAUUCUGAGAGAAAAGCCUUAACCCGCCGGAACUCACUACCAAGCCUGCAUCAGCCGGCCCCUGACCCCCAGGGGCCAACAGUCGUGAACGAUGAGGCCAUCCAGAAGAUCAGUGCACUGGAGACAGAACUUGCCAAACUCAGAGCUCAGAUAGCACAAAUCGUAUUGGCUCAGGAAAAGAACACACAGCCAGCUGCUACCACAGGGACACCUCCACCUCCCCCUCCACCCUGUGGCACCCUGCCUCCCCCUCCCCCACCACCACCACCUCCUCCUCCACCACUGCCACCACCCCCAAGUCUCCAGCGGACAUUUUCUGCCAUUGACUUGAUAAAGGAGCGCAGAGGGAAGAAGACAGAUGGCCUGACAGUUUUGGAUCCAAGGCCAGCAGAAAUCCCCAGCAUGCUUGAUGUCCUGAAAGACAUGGGCAAAGUCAAGUUGCGUUCAGUCAAAAGUCGUCCAGUGGAAGGUGAAGCCAAACUGAAGCCUGGCGAGCCUGUAGAUGCUGCAGCUCUCAUCGCCGAGGCCCUGAAACGCAAGUUUGCCCAUCGCUAUCGACACGACAGCGAACAAGGAGACAAGGAGGAUUUCAAUCUUCCUGUGCCAGAAGCCAAACCUAAAACCGAAUCCCCUUUGUUUGGGCAGCACAUGUUAAAAUCGACUGGAAAAAGGAAGUUUCUCUAAACAGCUGAUUCUCAGCUCGAGGUCUAGAUGUGCCGUGGACACGUAAAAGUGCCUUAUCACCUUUUUAAUACCGGCUCUUGCUGUGGAAGAACAAGGGAUUCUGCCUGAAGUAGACGAGAGUCAUCUCAUAGUUUUGUAUCCAGACGUCGUCUUGACCAUCUGUUUUUGCACUUUUAUAACUUAUAAUACUUCCUUUCUGUUUAGCAAAUGUGAUCUUUCUUUUUUUUUAUUGAAUAGUUUCUGCUCAUACCAUUCCUGAGUGAACUAUCAGAGUCCACACUACAGAAUAGAUAUACUUUAGAUUUAUUGCUCAAUCUUUUGUUAAACUUGUUGCACAAAGCACAGUCGGUCAUGUUUGCAUUCCCCUUCUGAAGGGGUCUGUGAAAGCUAAAGAGUUCUUCUACCACGGAGGAAAGGCAGCACUUUCUAACUUGUGGAAUAUUAUGCUGUUUUGUUUAUACAUGUAUGAUAGACUAAUUUAUGAUUGGGAUCGUUCUAUUUAUGUUGUGGUUUAAGUGGAUAAUUAAGAUUUUAACAUAGGUAAUUAUGCCGUAGGUUUGUCCGUUAUUAAUUCUUGGCUUUUAAACAAGUUUGUACUUUAUCUGUUGAGCCGAAGUGUAAGUUGCCGGUCUUGCCCGGGCUUGUGUGUCUUUUGCUGGUUCAAAUAUAUGCAUCCCAGUUUUAGUUGACAUUAUUUAUCUCUUUAAAAUAUAAUCUUUGUUUAAGAGCCAAAGACAUUCCAGUGCUUAAUUGCGAGAUUCUGCCUUCACCACCAAAUAUCUUUUCAUAUCCCCUUUUAUUUUUCUUAUUUAGAAUCGUGCUUAAAAAGUGAGGGAAACAUACUUUAACUGUUCAGUUUAUAUUUGUAGGUUAUUGACGUUACAGGUACAUGUCAUGUUCUGCUUUAUCACUACUUUUUUAUCAGAACACUUUAAGAAUCACAGUUCAACAUUAUCAGUAAAGAAACACUGUAUUGUUAUAAUUAACUCUAUAUUCAAAACACGUUUUAGUCAUGGGUCCUAGGGUACCCACUGUUAUCAGUAUUCCAAAUGUAAAAAUUAUGCAUUUGUGCCAGUAAUCACAUUUUCAUGCCUCAGUUUGAAAAUACACACAGCCUCCUCUGGUUAAUGUGAGGGUUUUUUUAGUAAUUAGUUCAAAAUGACUGAUUGCACAUUGUUUCCACUUUUGUUCACUAUGCCAGUGUAGUUGCUGCUUCAAGUCAACUCUACUUGUGUUACCUUUUUAUAAGGGAAGGUGGACUGGGUGUCAGUAGUAGGAUUUUGUAAAAGAGUUGUCUUCCAUAAAAAUCAUUAACUUGAAUUGUUGGAUCUCUAAAUAAAAGUUUAUGUUCUAUCCUGA